AUGCGACCUCACCACCAUCGUUAUAACCAGAGCGGUUUUGAUGCAGAAGACGGACAAAUGCGACCUAAACACCUCAGAGGGUUUGUAGCAGAAAGCAGACAAAUGCGACCUCCCCAUAAAGGGUUUGAGGGAGAACACGGACGAAUGAGACCUACGCACCACUUUGUCCCCCACAAAGGCUUUGAGGCAGAAGACGGACAAAUGCGGCCUUCCCAUAAAGGCUUUGAGGCAGAAGACGGACAAAUGCGGCCUCCCCACCUGCCCCACAGAGGGUAUGAAGCAGAGGACGGCUACCCACUUGCCGGCCAACACGAACCUCCCCAACCUAUCGAGGCCGCCGACGGGUCCUUGUGGAUCCGAAUCCCCAGAGCCCCGAGAUCCUGUCCACUGAGCAGCCCGGCUGUCCGGCGGGCUAUGACGUCAGCGAGCCCGGACGUAACGUCACCGAUACGUCAACACUUUCAGCAACAUCUCAGAAUGUCGUCACCGGCCCCAGGAAAUAUCUUCCCGAAUUUUCGAGCCAACAACAACAACUACACCGAGCCGGAGAGCGAGGAGGAGACUAUCCAGGUCAUCAAACUCCAAGCUCCGCCCAAGAGGCGGGGCAAACGUCUGAUGUCAGAUUCUGACAGCCAAUCAUCCGCCUCCGCGAGCGCCAGCUCGUCGGUAAGCUCCACCCCUUCCAAAGACGCGUCGAUUCUGAUUGGUCAAUCUCAGGACCCGCCGGGAACACCAGGGAAGACAGGAAGAGCGGCGUUUGGAUCACCUGUCAAAAAUUCGAGACUUAAUAUUCUCGGGGAUUUCUCAGCUAGCCUGGAGGAUUCGAACCGCUCACCAAAAAGGCUCAAGUCUGACUUCGGCCCUCUACCUUCGCCUGUCAGAUUCUCGCGCCUCGCGUCCGAACCGCGGGGCCAUGAAAGGUCAAUGACAGCUCAGCAAGACAAGUCCAGCCCGAAAGAAAUCCUUUCGAAGAGGGUGGGGUGCGGCUCUUCAACAGCAGCAACAGCAGCAGUAUCUGCAACAGCAACAGCAACACUUUUUCCUGGUACGCUGCACGCUGAAGGUAUUUCCUCAAGGCCUGGGUUCAAUCUUCCGAUAGACAGCGGGCCUCGACCGUUCCAGACCCCACCCCCACCCCCUCUGUCCAACAUCGCUGACCGAUCUUCCGAACUAUCAACUCGUUCCCCCAGACCAAUCCUGACCCCCACCCGAACUCCUAGUUCACCCCGACCCACCCUAACCCCCACCCGACAACCCCCAGAACCUUCGCGCUACCCCACCACACCAACACAACCCAAAUCUGGCGACCCCCUCCCCAUAAACAUCAACAGCCAGCUUCCUAAAACACCAGCAUCAGCUCCCAUCUUCAACCCCCACAACCAACGCCACCACCUUAGCCCCCCUCCUUGCGGGGCUAGCGGUGACGUCAUUAACAGCUAUGACGUAGUAGGAAAACCAUUAAAUUCUACGUCAUCAACACGUGGCAUACGUAUAGAUGAAAGAGAGGAAGGGCUCCCAGACGAUUCUUCAACGGUUGAGACUGCAAUAAAUGACGCUCCACUUUCCCACAACAUCUCAGACACCGAGGUCAGAAGCCAAAACUCUGCAUCAGAAGAAGGUACGAAACGAAAAGAGACAGACGUCAGAGCAGUUGAAAAACCCGCUUCGAGCAUUGUUACGUCAUCAGACGCCACCACCACGAACAGUAUGACGUCAUCAGACACAAUUAACAAUGUGACGUCACAGGACACUCCAAAAGUGCUCAGAAUCCGCAGAAAGAAACAGGAGCCGACCGUCUUCGUGUUCCCUGACGUCACGACCCCUCCAGAACAGAGGAAGGACGAGGUGGACGGGUUCGAAACCCAGAUGGACAUGGAUGUGGGCGGAGACUCUUGGGUGGGCUGGACCCCACAGUUUGGAAGCCACGCCCCCUCCUCCUCCUUCUCCUCCUCCUCCUCCUCUCCGUUUCACCACCAAGGUCAACAUUUAGGAAAAAACUCCGCGUCGCUAAGUACACCCACCCGAGGGUUUCAUGGUUUCAGUGGUCACCAACAAGAUCAACAAUCAUUUCAUCAAUCAUUUCAACAAUCAUCGGAACAAUCUUUUCCUCCAUCUGUUUCCCUCUCGAGAAACACUCACGCAUCCCAGCGUGUGCCUCCAAGAAAUCACGUGACUUCACAAGAAGGCGACCUGACCUAUGAUAGCCAGAGACGUUUUAUCUGGGAGGGAGAAGAAAGUACCCACAUGUUGCAGGCGAGGAAUCGGUUCAACUUUGACCUCCAAAGUGACCUUCACAAGUCAGGUAAACAGAAUGUGUUAUACAGCAGGGGUGAGCAAUCAGGGGCAGAUAAUCGAGGAGUUUUGUCGAGACCAGAGGAGGUUCUGGACACGAGCGAGCCGGAAAAUGUUGUGCACAUCCUGGAGGCUGGCAGCGAGGGCGGGAGUGAUGAUGGCGGUGUGGGUCUCCACGAGUUCCUCUCUGGAGAAAGAGGGUCAAUUGAACGUGUUGGAGAGUAUAGCGGGGGUGUAUUACGUCACAACGCGGCAGAAGAGAGUUAUAUCGUGCGGACACGCGCAGACACAAACGUGAGUUGCGUUAUUUCUCUCAGCGAGCUCUCCGGUUCUUCUAUGAGCUGUGAGGAUGAAGGACACGACGACGACGACGAUGAUGAUUAUAAUAGCGAUGACAAUGAUGACUGUGUGCCGUCUUUUUCCAGAAGCAGGGCGAGGAGACCGUGGGAUGAGACAGACGGAGACGGGGGAGGUAAUCCUGAGGCUGGCGGGGAGAAAAUCACACAGAAAAUGAUUGUGGAAGGACAGUUGAGGGCUCAGCCUGAAGCACUCGCAAGUGACGUAAAAACUUCCGUUGAAAAUGACGUUUCGAAAACGUGUGCCUCCAAACGAGAUGAAGUUAUUUUUGUAUUUCCGGAUACUCCAGGAGGAUCAGGCGAGGAGGGGGAGACAACUUCGCUUACAGAACGUUUACGAGUCGGAGAGAAAUCUGGAACAGAGAGUGCUCAAAGUCUGAGUUUCAAGAAACCUCAUUCAAAUAUUACGUCAUCAGAUGAACAUUGUCAGAAUUCUCAGAAAUAUCCCAAAAACGAAAGUCAAAUCUUGACAGACCCGAACGUGAUAUUUUCUGGUCAACAGCGUGAAGUAAUGAGUCCCAAGCCGAGAUCUGAACACAUUAGGGGUGAACAUGUUUUAAUUGACUGCCAGAACAACGGAGGUCCAGGGUUCGAUUCUGGUCUUCAGCCCCGGUUGGUGUUAAGUAACAAGAAUAGCUCUGACCAUCGAGGGGCGGGGGUUUCUCACGGUUAUGACAUGUGUAACAGCUCAGGGGAGAGCACGGGGUUUGUCUCUCAGCGAGGGUUCGAACCCCGGACAUCUGGUCAGAACAGAAACACGAACGCUGCAAAGUAUCACCACAACACACAGAUACAACUUAUGAUGGGAGGGCCGUGUGGUUCUGAUGACGACUACAACGACACGGAUGAGGUCGAUGGUUUGGGUGAUGAUGAGGGGGACAACGGAAACACACCGACAUCAUCAACAUCGUCAUCAUCGUCAUCAUCGUCUGCUACGUCCUCGGUUGCGAUUGCAGACAUAGACGAUUCUUCAGUCGUUCACAUUUUGGACAACCCAGCACGGGCUGGAACGACCAUAAAACCUCUCAAACACCAACCAGCGCAACGUGUUGUGCAACAGAACGACGACUCUAUCGUGUCCAUAUUUUCCGAAUCCCCGCUCGCUGACAAACUCACACAAGCACAACAGGUUCAACAUGUUCAACAGAACGAGGAUUCUGUCGUUUCUAUAUUUUCUCAAACCCCGCUCGUUGAAUCGAAGAAAUCUCCCACCCUCGCCACAGUCUCGGUGACACAUCCCCACGAAAUCCACGAGUUACCAAAACCUGAUAGUUCAGAUAUCGUAAGCAUUUUUACAGAAGACUCCUCCAAAGUAUCGCGCCAACAUGACGUCACGCGACAAAGAUCUGACCUGAGAGUAAGUCAGAUAUCCGAAGACAGUAAAGACAUUUCAAUAGUCAAAAACCUUUCACAACGUUUGACUAAAAGUUCAUCAUCUGAGAACGCGCUCCGUGACUCAGUAGACUCUGAAAAUCCUCAUCACUCAUCGAGCUUUAUGGCGAGCUCUCAUGGUACUCACAAAACGAGGGCGGGGAAUAAAGAAGGGAGAAUUGAGACGGAGACAUUCAGAAGACGGGGCAGCCUCCAACCGCCCACUCCCACCAAACCGAUACACAGAACAUGCUCAGACAACACGUUGCUGCUCGCAGAUGGCGCCUUUUUCAAGCCGGACCAGAAAUCCUGCACGUGGCCGCUAGACAGACAUCAGAGACGAGUCGGUCUGACAAACUCUCCCUCCAGGAGGAAGAGACUCGAGCACCCGACAGUGUAUUCUAGGUCACUAUACACAGAUGGCUACAGACUUAGCCCAAAACCUUCCGAAACCGAUAUGAGGAGAAAUGUACAAGGUUGUUACUUUCCAACCACUCCUGAAGACAGACGUGUUCAUUUCUAUCUGGGAGACAGCGCCAGUCCUGAUGGUGGCGCGUCUGACAGGGGUCAGUUUGUGAGUCCGGUGAGAGGUGACCGUUUUGGCCGAGGGGGGAGUGUGUCUCCUCUUUCUUUCGGAACAACGGCAUCGCAGAGGUUUUCUCAGUCGUGCAGGUCGUGGGAAAUGGGCCCAUCAGAGUGGGAAAUGGGCCCGUUAGGCCGGGGAAAAGGCCCAUCAGAGGCGGAAAAGGACAUACUGGCAUGGGAAAAAGGUCCAUCUGCUAACCAAGCACCACCCACCCCCACCCGCCUGUCGCCGUCAGCGUUCUCAAAUAAGGACUCUUUACGAGUGACGUCACCGCGCUCACAGCUACCAGUACAAGUUUCUGUGACGUCAAAAAGUCCCACGAUUACGUCACUGCGUCCAGCGACGUCACACAGUAUUGUCAAGGACACACUGACGAGAAUCCAGCACACACUCGCAGACACAUCGACGGAGCAGGCUCCACCGUCACCCGGUCUGACGCGGAACAAAACGUCCGCCGUGACGUCAUCGAGAGAGGACAGGGUGAUGACGUCACCUAAGAAAAAGUCCCGCCUUAAGUUCCACCGGCCCUGGGUGUCUCCAACUAAAGAUGAGGAACACGUCACUUCCGGUGACCAAUCCGGGUGCCCUGAAGCUGGCGAGUUUGCUGAAAAAACUGAAGAUUUGGGAGAAAAUAUUACGUCAGAUCCUGGUCAAACAAGUCGUGAGCGAAACAGGCAGCAAAAAGAAGAAGAUGGAGACGAAAACGACAACACCGGUGAAGGAAAGGAAGAAGAAGAAAGCGAGGAGGAGAAUCUCCGAAGACAGCAGCUCUACCACCACGCUCAGCGAAGCCGGAGCCUGAUAGAGACAUCUCCGUCCAAGAGCGGCCCCCACAGACGGACAGCUCCGCGAUCGAUCAGCGAGCCCAGAUGGAACAAACGACACUCGGACGGAGACUGGGCCCUGCGCUUCCUCGAGCAGACGACAAUUCCGGAACUGACGUCAUCAAGUACUCCUUCGCCUCUCCGUAGCCGCGAGAGUCUGAUGACGCCAUCCGUUUCGGGGUCUUGUCGUUCUGAGGAGUUUCGAUCCGCAUCUCGUCGCGGCGGACUGAGACAAAGAGAUGUGGUCUUGACCCCUAGUGACCAAGGUCAACCGGGGACGACCGCAGGCAGAAGCCCUGUCGCGUCUGCUCCGAGACAGACCCCAGACAGUGGGAGUGUGAGGAGGGAAGAGCCCACGUGUGAGUGUGCCAGGAUAGAGAGACAGAUCCUUACAUCGGCCGUGGACAUGUUCAGGUGGGUUGUGAUUGUGAUUGUGAUUAUUGAGAGUGUGGUUGUGAUUGUGAUUGUGAUUGUGCGUGUGAUGGUGAUUGUGAUUGUGAUUGUGAUAGUGAGUGUGAGUGUGAGUGUGAUUGGGAUUGUGCCAGGAUAG